CGUAAUGAUCGCGGGGUGGUUUUAAGAUAUAUCGUGUGUGUGUCCUUUGUUAGGUUGUGUUUGUUCGUGGAAAGUGGUGGUGGAGGCUCAAUCUCAUAGAGCUGUCCUUUAUCUGGCGUCAACGAGAUAGUGGCGUUUGGUCACUGUGGAUGAUGGGGUACCGGGAAGCACAGCCACAGGGACGGACACACUGCAUAUUGAUCCCUGUCAUGUGGGGCGGGCGCCAUGGACAUUGGAAAUCCACUUCACACGAAAUCGCGUCAAUCAACACAACGAAACCCAACUUUUGUCUCCAAUUUCGCGAUCCCACCACCACCACACUACGUGACACUGUUCCGAGGUAUAACUUGAGUUCGCGCACACUUCAUCUACGAUAAUCGCAAUAAAAACACUCAAAACUCGCCUCAUUGCCGCAUUUACCAACGCGUUUUCUGCGCCCAACCUCCCCAUUUUCCAAGAGCCUGCGAAGCUCACAUCGCGAUCCCUCAACAGCUCCUCUACGACCUCACAAACCGCAAACCACAUCCACAAUGCCUCAAAAGGUCGCGCGGCGCGAGCCCCACCCCUCCAGCAGUGGGGGGAUCCGCAAAUCCUACAGCGGCAAAACCACCACCAAAACCACCGCCUCCAAGCGCCUCUCCUACAGCGCCGUCGAGCCCGGCGACCCCGUCCCGCAUCGGAAAAAGCACCGCUACCGCCCCGGCACCGUCGCAUUACAAGAAAUCCGAAAAUACCAACGCACGACCGACCUCCUGAUGCUGAAGCUUCCCUUUUCGCGACUAGUGAGGGAGAUCGCGAUGACGCUCGUGCCGAGGAAUCAGGAGCUGAGGUGGCAGAGUCAGGCGAUUCAGGCGUUGCAGGAGGCGGCGGAGGCGUUUUUGGUGCAUUUGUUUGAGGAUACGAAUUUGUGUGCUAUUCAUGCGAAGAGGGUGACUAUUCAGCCGAAGGAUUUGCAGUUGGCGAGGAGGGUGAGGGGGAUGUGGGGGGGGUUGGGUUAG